AUGCAAACAAAUUAGAAUGAUGAGUUUUAUCUCAGAUAUUAGUAAUUUAUAAGUUGUAUAAAUAGUGUUGGACACAAAGGUGUGUAUGGACAUGAAUUUCUUGAAUUCGAGUUUAGGAGUGAUGGAAGAUUAAGAUAUGCAAAUAAUUCCAACUAUAAAUCAGAUGUAUUAAUCAGAAAGGAAUGCUAUGUUUCAGAAUCAGUGAUUUCAGAGUUCAAGAGAAUAAUCGAAGAAUCAGAAAUCAUUAAGUAUAAAUUGAAUAUAAUUGAAGAGAGAAUGAUUCAAAAUGGCCAGCUCCAGAUAAAAUUGGAAGAUAAGAAUUAGAAAUCAAAUUGGGGAAUGCUCACAUUUCAUUUACUACAUCAAAACUUGGAUCAAUUCAUGAUGUGUAAAGCAGUUAGGAUCCAGAUGGUUUAAGAGUUUUCUUUUACCUAAUUCAAGACUUGAAAUGCUUUGUAUUUUCAUUAAUUGGACUUCAUUUUAGAGUAAGCUUCUAUUUAAUUAUUAUAGAUAAAACCUGUAAAUUGA